AAUAAAGUCGUAAUUUUAAGACUUCGAGAAUAAUAAUAAAAAAAAAAACAUUCGACGUUUCCGUUAGCUUCCGGUGUUGUUCCUGCCUGCUAGAAAUCGAAAAUUAGAUUGAACACAUUAAACUUCAUUCUGUAAUCCUCUAAUAGGUUUGUUGAGCUCAAGUGCCAAAAAAAAAAAAAAAAAUCCGGUAAACCCGAAGAAGGACGUCGUUAGCUUGAAAACCUCAGUAGCUGAUGAGGUUGUUUGAACAGCGGCUAGCUUGCUAACGAGUUAAAACUAUUCCCAGAGCUCAAAAGUAGAGAAGAAAUGAGUCGAAGUGCUGGAAGCUGUCUUCAAAUCUGAAGUGUGUUGAUUCAGAGCAGCUCUUCAGAUAAAACCAGCAUGUCUACUACUUUGCAAUGAAGAUUAUACAGUAUUAAUUCCAGGAGUGGCAUCUGAGGUGCUCGCUGCAUCAUCUCAUCUGUCACAGCUAUCACAGAGACAUGCAACAUCAGUUUGUGAGUAAAGAAGACGGUCCUCCUGAGCAGCAGGAAUGGAAACUGAGUCUGAACCAAAAGGACUUGGAACCUCCAAACAUUAAAGAGGAACAGGAGGAACUCUGGAUUAAAGCUGAAGAAAAACCACAUUCAUCACAGCUUCAUCAGAGCCAAAGAGGUGAGAGCACCCAAGUGGAGCGUCUUCCCAGCGACUCAUGUGAACACAAAACACUGAAAAUGGAAGAUAAUGGAGAGGAUGUUGGAGGAUCAAAACCAGCCAGUAACUCGGGUCCAUGGAGAUAUUUACAACCAGAUUCUGAUGACAUACAGAAGUUGUCGCUGAUUAAAGAAGAGACUCUCCCUGAACAGCAACAGUGGAAUCUGAUUGUUGACCAAGACAAUAUUAAAGAGGAACAAGAGAAACUUUGGAUCAGUCAGCAGGGAGAGCACCUUCACCAGCUGGAGGAAGCUGAUGUCACCAAGUUCCCUUUCACUGCUGUUUGUGUGAAGACUGAAAAUGAUGAUGAUGAAAAACCAGAGUCAUCACAGCUUCAUCAAAGCCAAAGUGGUGAGAGCACAGAGGCUGAGCCUGUAGCCAGCAGCUCAACUGUACCCACAACACUGACAGGAGAAGCUGAAGGAGACGACUGUGGAGGAUCACAACCAGACAGCGGCUCAAGUCCAUGCAGUCAUUUACAAUCAGAUACUGAUGAUGUGCAGCAGGUGUUGGUGAAUGAAGAUGUUCUACCUGAGGAGCAAGAAUGGAACCAGAGUCGGGAUCAAAUGUGCUCAGAGCGUCCAAACAUUAAAGAGGAACAGAAGGAACUUUGUUCAAGUCAGGAGGCAAAGCCGCUUCAUUCUGUGGGGGAGGCAGGUGCCUCUAAGUUCCCUGUCAUUGUUGUCUUUAUGAAGUGUGAAGGUGAUGAAAAACAACAAUUACAGCUUCAUCAAAGCCAAAGUGAUGAGAGCAUAAAAAUGGAGCAUCUCACCAGCAAUUCAAGUGAACACGGAACACUGAAGGGAGAAGCUGAUGGAGACAACUGUGGAGGAUCACAACCAGCCACCAGCUCAGAACCAUGCAGUCAAUUACCACCAGAUAAUGAUGGUGUGGAUUCUACGGAUCAGCCUGCGCACAGAGAGGAAGGACCCUUUGAAACCAGUUUGUGUGGGGACCAGGAGACCCAGACCAGAACUUGGAGGAAGUGCCAACUUAAAAUGAAGCAGCAGAGGCCAAAUACAUCUGUGCCAUAUGUUAAAAGACCACUCAAUGCUUUCAUGGUGUUCAUGCGUGAGAAGAGAAAGCACGUCAUGGAAAAGUAUGGAGUGAGAGACUGCGCGAUUCUGAAUAACAUUCUUGGAGACCUGUGGAAAAAUCUCACUGAGGAGGAACAGGCAAAAUACUACAACCUGGCUGAAGAAGAAAAAAUCCUUCACUCCAAGCUGUAUCCCAACUGGUCAGCCAGUGACAACUACGGUAGAAAGAAGAAGCGGGUCAAGCCUGCGACAUCCAACUAUGUGCAAGAAAAACCAUUUCAAGACACACAGCCUGGGGUAGUGUUGGAAUCUGAGAACAGACCUCAGACAGAGACGUCCAUCUGUAACACGGAAGAGGACAGACCAGGCGGAGUCCAAUCUGACAUUAAGAAGCCGCCCAAUGCGUACAUUUUGUUCAACAGGGAGAAAAGACCGUUGAUCAGCUCCAUGUAUAACGUGACAGACAGCAGCACCGUCAGUCAGAUUAUCAGUAAGCAGUGGAAAUCUCUGAGCAUGCAGGAAAAGUCCAAAUACCUUCGAAUGGCUGAAAAAGAGAGACGCCUCCACUACCAGCUCUACCCCAACUGGUCACCUAAAGAAAACUAUGGUAAAAAGAGCAAGAAGGGCAAGCCCAGGACUUCCAAGUCGAUGGACGGAGCAGCCCAGAUUCCACAGGCACCCUGUUGGCCAAUGGCACCGGUGAUGGUCAUUGAAAACCAAGGCCUCGACCAAUCUGCUCCAGCGGGUAACUCUCGCCUCCAGACGAAAUACAUUAAAAAGCCAGCUAACGCUUUCAUGAUCUUCGUGCGGGAGGAGAGAGAGCGAGCCACGUCACGGUAUAACGUGACAGAGAGCGCCCGUCUCAACCAGCUUCUGGGAAAGCAGUGGAAAACGAUGACAAAGGAAGAAAAAGCCAAGUACUUUGAAAUGGCCCAAGAAGAAAAAAAACGCCACUCGCAACUGAACCCAAACUGGUCGUUCCGAGACAACUACGCUAAAAAGGCGAAGUUGACCAAGACCCAUCCGUCCACAUAAGAAAGACAUGCAGCAGUUGUUGAUGAUGAAAGAAGAAAUUCUCCGUGAGCAGCACGAGUGGAAUCUGAGCUUUGAGCAGGACAUUAAAGAGGAACCGUGGAUCAGUCUGCAGGGAGAGCUGCUUCACCAGCUGGAGGAGGCUGAGAUCACUAAGUUCUCUUUCACUGCUCUCACUGUGAAGAGUGAAAAUGAUGAUGAAAAACCAGAAGUAUCACAGGUUCAUCAAA